AUGCAACCAUCCUGUAUUCAGCAAACAAUCAGGGAACUGGCAGCUAGAGAAUCAGCAGGAGGUAGAAAGAGGAAGGCCACAAGUAAUUGCACUAUAUGGAAGAAACAAAGAAAACUGGAUGCAGGAGAACAUGAGAACAGGGGAGAGACAGAUGAACAGAUAAGGAGACGCCUCGACGUGCCAAUGGAUAUGCCCGUAGACAUGGCUAUCACAUUGCAGAUGGAUCGGAUGAACUGUCAAUUGGAAUCUCGAUCGGAAUCUCAGCUCAUGAAUCUCGAUGAAGAAGAUGAACAAACUGUUCGCAAGCUUAUAGAUGGACCAUUUCUUUCCAAUGCAAGCGUGGACACCAGAAAGGGUUGCAUUGAAAGAUACAUCAAAAGAACCUCCAAUGCAGAACUCGCUCAAGGGACUGUCGCUGAUCUGACCCUUUCACGCCUCUUGGUGCCUUCACGGCCUCACCCCAAACACACAUUAUUCAAUGGUGCAUUGUUACAUGAAGAAGCAAUCACAGAUGGCUCUGGCUAUGCCUGUAAAGAAUGUCUGCAACAUUUACAAGCUGACCAAGUUCCUCCUUUAUCCCUCGCAAAUAACAUGUGGAGAGGAAAGAUACCAUUAGAACUGUCUAUAUUAAACUUGGCAGAGCGAAUUCUGGUAGCAAAACAUUUACCAUGCACUUACCUAGUCAAACUCUAUCCCAAAGCAGAGCACGCAGAGCAUUGGCUAAGCGAGGGUGCAAUGUAUAUGGGUUUAAAAGGAAACAUAUCUUCUUUUCCACUCAAUCCGAGUCACAUAGCAGGUUUGGUUUCCACCAAUGUAUCGCCACCGCAAGUGAAGAUUCUAGCAGCUGUUAUUGGCAUCACAUUCGUCAUGCCAAGGGGUUUCAAGAUGAGAGAGUUGCCUAAGAUGUUCCAUGUCAGAAGGGAAAUUGUUAGACACGUGCUUUUGUGGUUAAAAGAAAAUAAUCCCCUAUACAGCGAUAUCAUUGUUUCCGACGAUGCUCUGGUGGAGCUUCCUGCCGAUGGAGUACUGGAGGAAAUCCUGUCCAAUGUUUGCACAUCCAAUGACAUGGCAGGUCUUGCUGUGGAGCAAGACAGCUACAUUCCAGAUCAGGAUAGCUGGGAUUUUUUUGCUCAAGAACCCAGUUUCGCACCCAUUUCAGGUGCUGGGACAGGACCAGAGCCCUUUACAGAACCAGACACAUUUUUACUCCAUGCAAAUGGUAUAAUUGACGUGAAUGGCAAUGACAUCACUGAUACAGAUAUCAUGGUGCAUGCAUUGGCCAAUCUUGGGGAGGUAGCGCGUUUAUCAAUGAAUAUGCAAGAACAGAUAAAGAAACAGGAAAAAGAACGGACAGUGGGCCAGAAAAUCCAAACCAUCUAUUGGGUGCUUUUCCCUGGCUAUUUCCCUACGGAUGUGGAGGGUUCGAAGUGGAUAGGAACAGAAUUGUACCUUAUGAAGUACACUCGAGAUGGGCACUACAAUAUGAGGAUCGCAGAUUCAGAAAAGACUACCACUUCGUCUUCCAGAUCCAGUUUCAUAAAAAACCGUGCAGCUAUAAUGAGCUUGACACCUGAGACCCUGAAGAAAGCGAGUGAGGAGGAAGCGCACCGGGUACCCUUCUCCCAUCCUGGUGUACGGGCUCUCAGAAAGCAGCUAUCUGCAGUUCGUGUUUGUGUUCCGGGAACAGACAAGUCCAGAAGGAGUAUCCGAUCUAAAAUUUGGAGUAUGAACCUUGUUUUUAAUCUGCCCAGCUUGUGGAUCACCAUCAAUCCUUCAGACAUGCACAAUCCCAUUGCACAGGUCUUAGCAGGAGAAAAUAUUGACCUUGAUCACUUUGUUAAAACUGCAGGACCCAAUCUGGAAGACCGGGGCUUGAAUAUGGCUUCAGAUCCAUUUGCUGCCACACAAUACUUUCAUCUUGUCAUAAGUAUUGUAUUGCAAGAAUUGUUUGGUAUCAAAGGCGCAACAUCUGGUUCCUUCAUGUCAAGGAAGGAAGAGAUAUUUGGCUUGGUGAAUGCUUACAUUGGAGCUGUAGAAGCACAGGGUCAAGGGACCCUUCAUCUUCAUAUCCUAUUGUGGCUGAAAGGAGCACCGUCAUCUAAGACCAUGAUGCAAGCAUUAUUGUCUGAUGCCUUUAGAGAGAAAAUGAAAACGUUCAUCAGAGCUAACAUCACUGCCGAUCUUAACGGUGCGUGUUCCGAAGAGAUUGAGAACAUGGCAAAAGGAACUGCCAUAUCCUAUGCUCAGCCUAUACACCCAUCCGAGCCAGGCUACGAGUCAAGAAAGACCGAAGCGCUGAUGACAGUUGCUCGCACUGUGCAGUAUCACAAAUGCAAGGUCGAUGCAUGGGUUCUUCCAACAGGCGAAUGGGGACCCAAACGUCUAUCUUCAAAAAUGGUAGCUUGGUGUCCCAAAUUGAUGGAGUGCUUGAAAAGUAACCAGGACAUAAAAGUGAUCACGAAUGCUGUCGAUACAAAGGAUAUCACCUGGUAUAUUACGAACUACACUACUAAAAAACAAGUCCUGACUUGGAACACAUCUGCAGCACUUGCUUGUACACUGGCCUUUGAGAUGGAAGCAGACAAAAGAACCAUUGAAUGCAGAGAUCUAGGAAAGAAAUUAAUCCAGAAAUUCGCCCAUGCUAUGAAUAAAGAACAAGAAUUCAGUGUCUGUGAAGCUAUAUCCCAAGUCAUGGGAUGGGAAGACCGAUCAUAUACAGAGGAAUUGGCCCGCGAUUCUAAUGGAAUGCUAGUCCAAAGCCAAAGCGACGAGGUUACUAUGCCCAUAGAAUUUGUCGGCAGGGAAGUCAGACUGAAGGAUCAAUUACGAGAAUAUUCUGAUAGGGGAGAUGCUUUAGAACAUGUCGCGUUCAUGGAUUUCUUUAGCAAAACAUACGAUGGCGAACCUCCAAAGGGAAAAACAGGAACAUGGUUCCCAAGAAGCAAUAGGCACGACUGUCGAGAAUAUUAUUGCGCUUCAAUGUUGGCAUUGUUCAUGCCUUGGAGAUCCAUGAAAGAUUUAAAAAAUGAAGGAGAGCAUUUUGAAGAUGCUUGGCACAGGUUUUCGGUGAAUCUAACCCCAAAGCAAGUAGACGCCAUCAAAAAUAUACAGUACUUUCACGAAGCAUCAGAUCAUGCUCACAGAGAUAAAAGCAGUACAGCAAGCGGUGCAUUAUUGAACCUGGACAAUGAACAGUGUCCAUCACAGGAUGACUCAAUACUAUGGGGAGGUGAAGGAGAACUUGAAGGAGGUUACGGCCAUUCCGAAUAUACCGAAGCAGACAUAAAAAUUGCAGAGACCUUGAGACAUCCGAUGAGAGAAGUACAAUUCAGAAUCAAUGCUAUGGAAAGGGCUGUCGACUGCGGAAUAUUCAACAUGCCGACAGUAUACACUGCUCUGCCAGCGGUUGCACCGAUUGCUGAUGCCGAUGAUAUUCUACAAUUCUGGGAGUGGAACAAGCUGCUGAAGUCGAUUACCAGAGAUAAGGAAAAGGACAGAAGGCAUGGUACAGAGGACAGAAGGGCGGAACUUCUGUGGACAAUGGAACACUUACACUCAGAAGUCAGCGAACCAGGCGGUAGUAGAGAUGUACCUAAAAGGCAGCUGCAAGGUAGACCUCUCUUGCAAUUGCUAAACGAGGAACAAAAACGUGCUCAUGAUAUUAUCGAAAGUCAUCUCAAAGCUUUUUUGUCAGGAAAAAACCCUAGACCACUACAUAUGUUGGUCCAGGGACAAGGGGGAACGGGAAAAACGGUGUUGAUCAACGCCAUUUCCGAAACCUUUCUUUAUUACGAUGCUGAAAACUUGUUGGCUAAAACAGCCACUUCUGGAGUAGCAGCUAGCCUUAUCGGUGGCCAGACACUUCAUUCGUUUGCAGGGAUACCAAUUAAUCCAGGAAAAUCAGAUGAUUGGUAUGAUAAAAGCAGUAAAGAGACCACGAGAAAAUGA